GCUCCCGCCGGCCCUUCCCCAGGCGCUGCCGGCGACGGGCGGUUGGAAGGAGCUGCCCAGGCGCCCCCGAUGGCGGGCCCGGUGCUGGGCGCCUUGCUCCUGGUCCUGCUGGUGCUCCUGGCCGGCUUCUGCCUGGGGAGGUGGCUCCUGUACAUCCUGGUCACCAACUGGUGUCGCCGGCGGCUGCAGGCAGAGCUGAAGGUGGGCUCUUUUGGGUUCUUUUGGAUCCAGAACCUCAGCCUGAAGUUCCAGGAGGAGCAACAGACAGUGGAAAUUGACCGCGUCUGGAUCUCCAGCAAGCUCCUGAACCAGGAUGUCCCGCGCUACCUGGCACUCUGCUUCGGAGAGGUGCGCGUCCGCGUGGACCUGCAGAAGGCGCCCAGGCUGCCACCCCCGGAGGCCCCAGCAGAUGGUGAGGUUGAGCAAGGCAGGGUGCUCUCCCUUGGACCCUCGCUGCUGCGCCUCCUCAGCCAGCUCUGCUCUGUCCACGUGGAAGCGGUCAACAUCAUGGUCCUGCAUGCGGCGGCCUCCGAGUCCCUGUGGCAUGUGCAGGUGACCAGGACGCAGGUCCUGCUGGACGGCGACGGGAGACGCAUGGCCUGCGAGGUGACCUUCUCCCAGGUGAACAGCAAAGUCCUGAAAAGCAGCCGACAGGCCGACGCCUGCCUGGCCGAACUGUCGCUGGCCCUCACCGUCUCCCUGGACCUGCGGCUGAGCAAGUGGCAGCUCCGUGGCCUGGAGGUCGGCGUCUGGAGCCUGCACGCUGAGCUGCACGAGGGCCUCUUCCACAGCGAGCUGCUGCAGCGCGUCAGAGGCGGAGAUGCAGCAGACCCCGCCACGGCCGUUGAGCUGCGGCCCUCGAUGCUGAGCCUGGCUAGCCUGAAAUACGUGCCCUGCCGGGUGAAGGUGGAGCUGCAGAACACCAGCCUGGUGCUCUCUAUGAACAGCCAGAAGAGGCAUCUCACCUGGACCCUGAAGCUGCUGCAGUUUGCGUACCAGUGUGACGGGGAGCAGAUCCCUCUCCGCAGCUUCACGCCCACCUGCGACCUGCCCCAGAUGAGCAUUGAACUCGCUCUGGAAGAUGGGCUCCUGCUCUCUCAGAGCCGCCAGCGGAUCGUCUGCCUCAGCCUGCUGAAAGCCAACUUGCAGGUCAUGGCCAUCGACAUCUCGGUCGCCGUGGUGCUCAACACCUGCAUUGUCCACUACCGCCACCAGGAGUUCUCCCACUGGCUCAGCAUGCUGGCUCGGGCGCGGAGAGAGGAGGGGCCCCCGGCCCCCGCCAGGAACAGCAACAGGAGGAUGCCGCACAUCCUGGCCACCAUCAUCCUCAGUGCCUCGGUCUCCAACGUCAACGUCUCCGUGCAGCUGGGAGACACUCCGCCCUUUGCCUUGGGCCUGAACUCUGUCUCCCUAGAUUACCAGCACCUGCGUCCGCAGAGUGUCCACCAGCGAGCCGUCCUGGCAGUUGACCACCUCUGCUGGCGCGUGGGGGCUGACUCCCACAUCCAGCGCGCCCCCCACCCGCCCAACAUGCACGUCUGGGGAGAGGCUCUCAUCCUUGACUGCUUCAAUCUGCAAGGCAGCUACAACCAGCCCCUGGGCACCUCCAGCACCCACGCUGACACCCUCUUCCUGGACUGCACCCUCCGCGGACUGCAGGUGGAGUCUUCGGAAACCUGCUCCGAGUGCCUCUCCAGGGUGCUGUCCCUCUGGCGCCCCCAGAGGAUGGAGGAGACCCUGCUGGGAUGCCCAGAGGAGGAGGAGGAGGCUCUUUCCGUUGGGGAGGAGCUGGGGGUCCUCUGGAAGGUUGACCUGAAGGUGGAGGACGUCAACCUCUUCACUCUGUCCAGCCUGGCUGGGGCCACAGAGGCCAGGCUGGACACGCUGACCAUGCUGGGCAGUGCUGAAAGCUGUACCAUCAGUGUCCAGGGGGUGGCGCUGGCCUUGGUGAAGAGCAUCACGGAGAAGAUGCAGCCCUGUUGCAAAGCCCCUUCCAUUCCCAGCCCCCUGGCCGACCUCUCCAGCCUCUCCCUCACCUAUCGGAGCAGCAUCCGUUCCCUGGAGGUCCAGUGCGGCGAGAGCCUGACCAUCCUGUGGAGCCCUGCCAACCACAUGUACCUCUUCCAGCACCUCCUGUCCACUUUGCACUGUUACGAGACCCUGCGGGACUUGCUGUCCCCGCCGAGGGCUGCCCUGCCCGCUGACGGCCACCCUGCCACUGCCGAGGGGGGUUCCCCUGAGACCGGCUCCCCUCCUCGGCGCCUGCUGACCCUGACGCUGGAGCUCAGCUCCCUCAAGGCCACGGCCUUCGUCUCGGAGAUGCACUACCUGAGCCUGGCGGCCGAGCGCCUCCUGGUCAACCGCCACGGCACGUCUCUCCACGCCUACUGCCCAGGGCUGGCGGCUGGCUUUGACGGCAACAGCAUCUUUGUCUUGAAGGAGGUCGAAGUGCAAGCCCUCUCCGAGCUGGAGGAGAUGAUUCUGCACCGAGGGCCCUUCCCCACCCUGAGCACGCUGCGCAACCGCGUCUGGGCCCUGUCGUGCGCCAGCGUGGCGGUGGAGUUCCCCUACCAGUACGACUUCUCGGCCACCCUGGAUGAAGCCCUGGGCAUCCAGAAGUGGCUGAAGGGCCUGCAUGGCAGAAGCAGCGCCAACGGCGGAGGAAUCCCCGGCUCCCGGCUCCCUCCGGACCUGCUGCUGAAAGUCCAGCACUUCUCCUGGGUCUUCCUGGACGACAUCUUUGAGGUGAAGCUGCGCGACAACUACGAGCUGAUGAAGGACGAGAGCAAGGAGAGCGCCAAGCGGCUGCACCUGCUGGACGCCAAGGUGGCCGCCCUGCGCAAGCAGCACGGGGAGCUGCUGCCGGCCCGCAAGAUCGAGGAGCUGUACGCCUCCCUGGAGAAGAAGAACAUCGAGAUCUACAUCCAGCGCUCGCAGCGCCUCUACGGCAACACGCCCAUGCGCCGGGCCCUCCUCACCUGGACCAUGGCCGGCCUGGAGCUGGUGGUGCUGGCCGACGAGUCCUUCCACGGGGCGGAGAGGGUCCUGCGGCAGAUCCGCGAGCUGGACGCCACCAGCCCCUUUCCCGCCGACGGGCUGGACCUCAUCACCCACUGGUGCCGCAUGGUCAAGGGGAGCAUCAACACUUUCUUCGUGCGGAUCCGCGAUUACCCGCGCUACCUGUUUGAGAUCCGGGGCUGGCGGCUCUCGGGGCGUCUGGCCGGGGCAGAGCAGCGGGGCCAGCCUUGCUCCCGCCGGCGGCAAGUGCUGAAGCUGGGGCCGCCGUGGGGGGACGUCUCGGUGGAGAGGAACAUGCCCCCCUUGAAGUUCUACCAUGACUUCCACUCCGAGGUCUUCCAGUACACCAUCGUGUGGGGCCCGUGCUGGGACCCGGCCUGGACGCUGAUUGGGCAGGCCAUUGACCUGCUGACCAAGCCCUCCGAGGACCCCAGCGCCCCCCUGCCCUGGUGGGACAAGAGCCGCCUGCUCCUCCACGGCGACUGGCACAUGGACAUUGAGCAGGCCAACCUGCACCAGGUGGCCACGGAGGACCCCUACAACACCACGGAGAACAUGCACUGGGAGUGGAGCCACCUCUCCUUCCACUGGCGCCCGGGGCAGUUUGUCUUCACGGGGGACCUGGAUGUCAACGUCCGGACGGCCUCCAAGUAUGACGACUGCUGCUUCCUGCACCUGCCGCAGCUGUGCAUGACGCUGGGCCUGACGUGGCUGUGCCACGGGAACCCCCACGACCACCACGGGGUGGUGCUGCGCUCGCCAGAGUUCCUUCCCGAGGUGCCCGUGGGCCAGGACUACGACUCCUACCGCGCCUUCCGCUCCGAGAACCUCAACCUCUGCAUCUGCAUGAACCUGACACGGCCCAGCGGGGAGCCCUCCCAGCCCCGCAUCUUGCUCUACAGCAGCACCCUGCGCUGGAUGCAGAACUUCUGGGCCACCUGGACCAGCGUCACGCGCCCCAUCUGCCGGGGGAAACUUUUCGGGAACCUGAAGCCCAUCAGGAAGAAGCUGGGCCAGCACUACCGGCAGCUCUCCUUCACGGCCCUCUUCCCCAAGCUCCAGGUCCAUUACUGGGCCUCCUUCGCUCAGCAGCGUGGCAUCCAGCUGGAGUGCGGGCUGGGGCACAUUUUCACGCGAGGCACCCAGAGGCUCAUCCCCCAGGCCGGCACGGUGAUGCGGCGCCUCAUCUCCGAGUGGAGCGUCACGCAGAUGAUGAGCGACCUGAGCCUCGUCACGGUGCACCUCAUGGCCUCCACCUGCGACGAGAAUGCCGACCACCGCCUGGACUCCCUGGUCAAGAAGACCCACCUCCUCAGCCUCUCCUCCCUCGCCUACCAGCGCCACAGCGUCCGCACCGCCGAGGAGGAGCUGCCUCUUCGCGACGGGGACGACGUCUUCCACACGCACCAGCUGCACCUGGUGGACUUACGGGCUUCCUGGACCACAACCAACCGGGACAUCGCCUUCGGCCUCUAUGACGGCUACAAGAAAGCGGCGGUUCUCAAGCGCAACCUCUCCACCGAGGCCCUGAAGGGGCUCAGGAUAGACCCCCAGCUGCCGGCCAAGAAGCCCAAGAGGGGGCCUCCCCCCAGCUACCAACCUCCGCUGAGGGCCAUCGCCCCACCCAGCAGCACCCGGACAGAGCGCAGCCCCUCCGGAGGAGCCUACAUGCUCAAGAAGCUGAUAGAGGAGACAGACCGCUUUGUGGUGUUCACAGAGGAGGAUUCCGGGGUGAGCGAGCAGCUGUGUGGGAUUGCUGCCUGCCAGACGGACGACAUCUUCAACCGAAACUGCCUUAUCGAGCUGGUCAACUGCCAGAUGGUCCUCCGCGGGGCAGAGACGGAGGGCUGUGUGAUCGUCUCGGCCGCCAAAGCUCAGCUGCUCCAGUGCCAGCACCACCCCGCCUGGUACGGGGACACCCUCAAGCAGAAGACCUCCUGGACCUGCCUGCUGGACGGGAUGCAGUACUUUGCCACCACCGAGAGCAGCCCUUCCGAGCACGAAGAUGUGCAGCUCUGGCUAGAGGUCAAGAACAUCGAGGAGCACCGCCAGCGAAGCCUGGACUCCGUGCAGGAGCUGAUGGAGAGCGGGCAGGCGGUGGGCGGCAUGGUCAGCACCACCACAGACUGGAACCAGCCCCACGAGGUGCAGCCCACCCAGCAGGUCCAGCGCAUCAUCUCACGCUGCAGCUGCCGCAUGUAUUACAUCAGCUACAGCCACGACAUCAACCCCGAGCUGGCCACCGAGAUCAAGCCGCCGGAGCCCCCGGCCCACCCUGAGAAGGAGGACCUCCUCAAGAAGCAGGAAGGGGCCGCGGACACCUUCACUCUCAUCCACCACGACCUGGAGAUUUCCACCAACCCGGCGCAGUACGCCAUGAUCCUCGACAUUGUCAACAACCUCCUGCUCCACGUGGAGCCCAAGCGCAAGGAGCACAGCGAGAAAAAGCAGCGCGUCCGCUUCCAGCUGGAGAUCUCCAGCAACCCCGAGGAGCAGCGCAGCAGCAUCCUGCACCUGCAGGAGGCCGUCCGCCAGCACGUGGCCAAGAUCCGCCACCUGGAGAAGCAGAUGUACUCGGUCAUGAAGUCGCUGCAGGACGACGGCCGGAACGAGUCUCUCCUUGACCACAACCAGAAGCUGCAGGAGCAGCUGAGCCGGGAGAAAGCUGAACUGCAGCAGGAAAGCGAAGAGCUUAAUAUCCUCAUCAGGUGCUUCAAGGACUUCCAGCUGCAGAGGGCCAACAAGAUGGAGCUGCGGAAGCAGCUAGAGGACGUGGGGGUGGCCCGCCGGACAGAGUUCUACUUUGCCCAGGCCCGGUGGCGCCUGACGGAGGAGGAUGGACAGCUGGGCAUUGCUGAGCUGGAGCUGCAGCGCUUCCUGUACAGCAAGGUGAACAAGUCGGACGACACGGCCGAGCACCUCCUGGAGCUGGGAUGGGUCACCAUGAACAACCUCCUCCCCAACGCCGUCUACAAGGUGGUCCUCCGCCCUCAGAGCGCUUGUCAGUCCGGGCGCCAGCUGGCCCUGCGGAUUUUCAGCAAAGUCCGGCCGCCAGUGGGCGGCAUCUCUAUCAAAGAGCAUUUUGAGGUGAAUGUGGUGCCCCUCACCAUCCAGCUGACGCACCAGUUUUUCCACCGCAUGAUGGGCUUCUUCUUCCCGGGACGCAACGUGGAGGAGGAGGAGGUGGGCGACGAAGAGGACAAGUCCAAGCUGGUGACGACAGGCAUGCCAGUGGUGAAGCCCCGGCAGCUCAUGGUCUCCGAAGAUUCCCUGGGGACGGGGAAGGGCAUGGCUCAGGGCCUCAACCGGACGUCGGGGGUCAGGCGCUCCUUCCGCAAAACGCCAGAGUACCCAGUAGACGACAUCGACAAGAUGAAGGAAAGGGCAGCGAUGAAUAACUCGUUCAUCUACAUCAAGAUCCCACAAGUGCCGCUCUGCGUGAGCUACAAGGGGGAGAAGAACAGUGUGGACUGGGGCGAACUCAACCUGGUGCUGCCCUGCCUGGAAUACCACAACAACACCUGGACAUGGCUGGACUUUGCCAUGGCGGUGAAGCGGGACAGCCGCAAGGCCUUGGUGGCCCAGGUCAUCAAGGAGAAGCUUCGUCUCAAGCCGGCCACGGGCGGCAACGAUUCCCGGGGCAAGCAAGAGGGCAAGCUGGAGGGCCACAUUCAGCAGCAGGAGGAGGAUGAAAAGGCCCGGCUCCUCAUUGGCCUGAGCGUCGGAGAAAAGGUCCCCGGGAAGAAGUCCAUUUUCAGCAGGCGCAAGUGAGGCCUCUGCACCGCUGCCCCGCUGGCCGGGGAGAAGAGAGAAGGUGGCAAGGGAGGGCACCUCUGCCACGAGGGACCAAAUUCCCUGCGGCACAUGGGAUGUACAGGCGCCCAGCGAGUCCGGCCACAGCCAGGGACCCAGCCCUCCAGAUGCCUUGUGGCCGGAGUGUCACCCCGCAGGAGCUGGGGGCCUGGCGCCACGGGACGAUGACCAGGGCUGCUUGCGCUGGCCUUGGCGUGAUUGCUGGGUGAGGGGGCGCCCUGCUGUCCGCCCGCUGCUCUAUGCAUUGUUUGUUGGGAAACGGGAGGGGAACAGAGUUUAAAUAAGAGAGUUUAUCAUUU